UUCCCAGGAAAGAAAAUCCCUCCUUGGGGAAAGAUAGAGCAGACACAGUGAUCAUCGGUGGUGGUUGUGUUGGUGUGAGUCUAGCCUAUCACUUGGCUAAAGCUGGCAUGAAGAAUGUUGUUCUACUGGAAAAAUCUGAGCUCACUGCAGGAUCUACAUGGCAUGCAGCUGGUUUAACUACUUACUUUCAUCCUGGAAUAAACCUAAAGAAAAUCCAUUAUUACAGUAUCAAAUUAUAUGAAAAGCUGGAAGAGGAAACUGGGCAGAUUGUGGGGUUUCAUCAGCCUGGCAGCAUCAGGAUUGCUUCAACCCCUACUAGAGUGGAUGAAUUCAAAUAUCAAAUGACUCGUGCUGGUUGGCACCCAACAGAGCAGUACUUAAUAACGCCUGAGAAAGUGCAAGAGUUGUUUCCCUUAUUGAAUAUGGAUACGGUUUUGGCCGGCCUGUAUAACCCUGGUGAUGGACAUAUUGAUCCCUACUCUCUCACUAUGGCCUUGGCUGCAGGAGCCAGAAAAUAUGGUGCUCAGUUAAAUUACCCAGUCCAAGUGACUAAUCUGAACUUCCGGUCAGAUGGGAAGUGGGAAGUUGAAACUCCACUUGGAAUAAUUCAAACGAAAAGAGUUGUGAACACUGCAGGCUUCUGGGCCCGUGAAAUAGGCAAGAUGAUUGGUCUGCAGCACCCUCUCAUACCAGUUCAUCACCAGUAUGUUGUAACAUCAAGUAUCCCUGAGGUGAAAGCCCUGAAAAGAGAACUGCCUGUGAUUCGUAACUUAGAAGGAUUGUAUUAUCUAAGGCAAGAAAGGGAUGGACUUUUAUUUGGUCCAUAUGAAAGCCAGGAGAAGAUGAAGCUACAGGACUCAUGGGUAACACAUGGAGUCCCACCUGGUUUUGGAAAAGAACUUUUUGAGUCUGAUUUAAACAGAAUAAUGGAAUAUAUUGAGGCUGCUAUGGAAAUGGUACCUGUUCUGAAACACGCAAACAUCAUAAACACAAUUGCGGGUCCUAUCACCUAUACUCCAGACAUUCUUCCUAUGGUGGGACCACAUCAGGGUGUCAGAAAUUACUGGGUAGCUAUUGGUUUUGGAUAUGGCAUUAUACAUGCUGGUGGCAUAGGGAAGUACCUCAGUGACUGGAUCCUUGAUGGGGAGCCUCCAUUUGACUUAAUAGAAUUAGAUCCAAAUCGCUAUGGAAAGUGGACUACUACAGAAUACACAGCAGCCAAAGCAAGAGAAUCUUACGGAUUUAAUAACAUCAUUGGUUAUCCUAAAGAAGAAAGAUUUGCUGGAAGACCAACAGAAAGAAUCAGUGGGCUUUAUGAUUUACUGAAGUCAAAAUGUUCAAUGGGCUUUCAUGCAGGAUGGGAACAACCUCAUUGGUUCUACAAACCUGGAGAUGAGACUGGAUACAAACCCAGUUUUCGGCGCACAAACUGGUUUGACCCUGUGGGUCGUGAGUAUAAACAGGUUAUGGAGAAAGUCGGUGUGAUUGACCUGUCACCAUUUGGCAAGUUUAAAGUAAAAGGCUCUGAUUCUGUUAAACUGUUGGAUCAUCUAUUUGCAAAUGUUGUUCCAAAGGUUGGUUCUACAAAUAUAAGUCAUAUGUUAACACCAACAGGAAAAGUAUACGCUGAACUAACAGUCUCUCAACUGGAUCCAGGGGAAUUUAUGCUUGUGACUGGCUCUGGGUCAGAACUCCAUGAUCUGAGAUGGAUAGAAGAAGAGGUGGUCAGAGGUGAUUACAAAGUUCAUAUAGAAAACAUGACAGAUGAGAUGGGAGUACUUGGCAUAGCGGGUCCCUAUGCACGGCACGUUCUCCAGAAGUUGACAACUGAAGAUCUGAGUGACAGUUCAUUUAAAUUUCUGCAGGCCAGACAUUUGAAACUUGCAGGUAUUGCUGUUACUGCUAUUAGGAUAUCCUACACAGGUGAGCUGGGCUGGGAGCUCUAUCACAGAAAGGAAGAUUCUUUGACUCUUUAUAGCGCUAUCAUGGAAGUUGGGCAGAAAGAGCAGAUUGACAACUUUGGAACAUAUGCUCUGAAUGCUUUAAGGUUGGAAAAGGGUUUCCGAGCCUGGGGGGCAGAGAUGAACUGUGACACUAAUCCAUUGGAAGCUGGGCUGGAAUAUUUUAUAAAGCUAAAUAAGCCAACAGACUUUAUAGGAAAACAAGCACUGAAGGAGAUUAAAGAAAUGGGGUUGAAACGGCGCCUCGCCUAUCUCACCCUGGAAACGGAUAAUGUUGAUCCAGAGGGAAAUGAAAGUGUGUGGCAUAAUGGCAAGGUUAUUGGCAACACUACAUCUGGCUGUUUCAGCUAUGGUGCUCAGCGGAGUCUGGCGUUCGCAUAUGUUCCCACAGAACUCAGCAAAGUUGGACAGAAUUUGGAAGUUGAACUUUUAGGAAAAAAUUAUUCAGCAACCAUUGUACAAGAGCCACUGGUGUUGACUGAACCAACAAGAAGCCGCCUGCAGGGAAAGGGUAGAAAUCCCAAAGCAUAA